UCCUCAGAAUCCUGUUCCCAUUGGGGUCCUCUGAUAAUCCCCAGGAAUGUCCCAGCAUUCCCAGACAAGUCCCGGGUCUCAUCAUGCCAUGGAGAUGGGUUUUCUUAGGAUCAAACUGGGAUAUUUUCCCACACACAAUUUAAGACUUGGUCGUGUCCCCAAAGGGAUAUGGAAAACAGACUAUGUCCUUCCUGUGCACAGCUGCCUCUGGCUUGCUUAGAAAUUGUUUCUCCUCCAGCUGGGUCCUGGGGAGCUGUGCAACUCCACACCCUUCCCACCCUGGGCAGCUGGCACCUCCCAGCACUGUGCUGAGCCAUCAGCUAAUUUCACCCAUCUGGCAAAGUGCUGGCUGUGUUUGACCAGCCUGCUCGAAUGUGUGCUGCCAGGGUGAUCCUCACAUCCCUCAAGGGUUGCCUGGGCUCUGCACUGACCCUCCUGGAGGAGCUCCUGUCCCAGGCUUUGGUCCCUCACCUGCACUGCUGCUGUUUGUUACCUUGAGAGUGGUUAGGCUUCAUUUCUCCUGGCUUCAGCUUGCUCAGCCCUGGACAUGCCAUCUGGCUCUCUGUCCAUCUGUCUUCUGCAGUCCCAUGAGAAAGAAGAAUGGGUCCUGCAGAGCCUGGUAUCCCUGCUGGAGACAGGGGCAUUUACAUUGUCCUGGGCAGGAGUCUUUUAUCCCCAGAAGGUCUCUGAACCCUGUCAAUACCAUUCUGAUUUUCCAUUCUGGCCUCCAGUGCUCUUUGGUGUCAACUGCAGCUGUUAGUGAGAAGCCUCUCUGCCCUAUCCCUGAGGUCCCCAGUAAAUCAGUGAUGGGGACUGGCCCUCACAAAGAGAGCCACUGUUUGUGACACCAACAUGUGCCACUGCCUCUGCAUCCCCUCUGCUCCCAACUGGAAACAGUGUCUUUGGCAGCAUCACCAGUCCUGCUCACAUCUAGGUCUUUCUGCUUUUUUUGACAACAUUUGUCUGUGGCAAGUUGGAGCUGGCUGCUCCUUUCUCCCCUCAGUACUUCUGGUGCUGUCCUCAGCUGCUGGGCUUGAAGAAGCAAACCUGGCCUUGGUGCACAGGGGACACGUGUGCAAGUGGCUCCUUGUGCCCUGGUGCCCCCAGGCUGUGCAACAGUGCUGUGCCCCGGCAGGGUGGGAGAUCCUCCAACCACCAGAAACAGUGGACUGGCAUGAGGUUGAGCAUAACUGUGGGACCUCACUGCGAUGGCCUUGCUCCUGCACCACCACCACCAGCACCUGUGUGGGUUCUGUCCCCUGCAGAGCCUGCAGCUCUGCUCCCAGCACAGCCACGCGGACGGUGGCGCUGGCAGAGCACACCUGGAGCCAGGCGGCACAGGACACGAUGGAGUCAGAUCAGCUGUGCCAUAUCCCGUGCUCCCGUGUGGCAGCAGCCCCAACAGCCUGCCCUGCCCCACACAGGGGCCUCCCUAGUUUCUCGAGGGUUGUUUUUCUUCCUAUCCUCCCAGCAUGCCAAUAGCCACAAGGGCAGGACAUGCCGCCUAUCUGAUAGGAGCAGUCUCUCUUGGCACUGCGGCCGGCGGCAGAGGGGCUGUGGCAUUGUGGUUUCAGGCACAGGGAAGUGCUGGUGACGGGGCAGGGGGAGCCCCCAGUCAGGCUUCCUGAGCUGCAGAGCCACCACUUCCCAGAUAAAGGUAUUGCCUGGAGGAGCUGCAGCAGCUCCCAGGACACUGGGAAGGGCCGAGUGCAGCACGUGUGGCUCCGGCACACAGGUUGCAGGAUGGCAGCCUGCCUGUGCCAGGGCUGGCAGCUCUCGCUACUCCCUGCCAUCCUGCUCAGCCUCCGCAGCCCACCGUCAGCCCCCGAGCCAGUGACGUCCCAAGAUGCUGCACUGCUAGCAGGCGUGACCGAGGACAUCCUCUGUUUCUCCCGCUCCUUCGAGGACCUCACCUGCUUCUGGGAUGAGGAGGAGACAACAACUGGGAUGUGCCACUUCUACUACUGGUACAGCAGAGAUGUGCCCAGAGUGUGCAUGGUCUCCACGUGGCACCACGGGGCUGGCGGGAAGCGACACGUCUGCGUCUUCCCCAGCCAGGAUGUGCGGCUCUUCACCCAGCUCCACCUCCGCGUCCUGGAUGCCACCACAAACCAGACAAAGUAUUGGAGGGAGCUCAGUGUGGAUGCAGUGGGUCUCAUUGCUCCCCCAGCGAACAUCACGGCCCGCUGGGCUGGGGCUGCUGGGCAGCUCUGCGUGUCAUGGCAGCCACCUCUCGCUGACUUCCUGAACUUCUUCCUCUACGAGGUGCAGUGCUGCCCUGCCAGCUCCCCAGGGAUGCCCUGCAGCACCACAUCGAAUCCUGGUGGGCAGCACCCUGGGGACCCCUCCAUCCAGUCAACUGUCAGCACCCACACACCCAGAGCCGGGACACCCUCCCCAGCAGUGGGGCAGAGGCUGGUCCAGGCCAACACGUGGGUGGUGCUCCGGGACCUGCAGCCAGGGGUGAGGUACCACAUCCAGGUGCGCAGCAAGCCCGACGGUACCUCCAUGGACGGCGUCUGGGGGCCCUGGUCACAGGCAGUGGCUGCAGAGACACCCCACUCCUCCGGUGAGCAGCCAUCCCCUCUGCAGGGCUGCUGGCAGGAGCAGCAAGGAGGCACCCAGGCCUGGGGCCGCAGGGGGUGGGGGUCCUGUGUAGGCGAGGUGCAACACCCAAGUUUUGGGGGGCCGAGGGGAAGCAGCCCCCUCCCUGCCCUGGCUCUCGCCUGCCCAGGAGACAUCAGGCUGUGCUGCAGUACCCCUGACCUGCAGCACGUGCGCUGCGAGUGGAGCUGGGACCCUGCAGAGCCCCACAGCUCCCACCAGCUCUUCUACCGGCCACCUCCGAGCAGAGCUGGCACAAGGGAAAAUGCAUGGCAACAGUGCGAGGAGGUGAGCAGGGGGGCACAGGGCACCCAUGCCUGCACCUUCCAGCCCCAGGCUGGCAGUGCCAUCUCUGUUCUGGUGAAUGUCACCCGGACCCACAAGCUGCCCAUACUCAGCUACUUCAAGGAGCCCUUUUGGCUGCACCAGGCUGUGCUCACAGAUGCCCCACAGCUCGUGCAGGCGACAGUGUCGCAGGGCCGGCUGAGCCUGCAGUGGCUGCCGCCCCUGGAGCUGCUGCUGCUGGCAGAGCAGCUGCACUACCAGGUCCGCUAUGCCAUGGAGAGCAGCCAUGACUGGAAGGUCCUGCAGGUUCCACGAGCAGCUAGGAAAGAAGUCCUGGACUUGCGGCCAGGCACCCGCUACCACGCCCAGGUGCGGGCCCAGCCCAGCGGGCCGUGGUACCAGGGCAGCUGGAGCGCCUGGUCCAAACCUGUUGUGGUUGAUGCCGUGGCUGAUGUGGGCUGGCUCAUCCCCAGUGUUACGGUGGUACCGCUGCUCCUCUCAGCAGUGCUCCUGGGGCUUCGGUGCACCUUCCCCUCCCUCUACAGCAACGUGAAGCAGAAACUCUGGCCGCCUGUUCCUGACCUGCACCGUGCUCUGGGCAACUUCCUCCAGGAGAGCGGCAAGCACGGCCAGGUGAGCGGCUGGGGCAGGGCUCACACCCACCUCCGCUGCUGA